AUGAUGCUGGGACUCACCCACUCGUUUGACGAUAAGUUUAUUAAUAAUACGAUCCACAAGGCUCUUAAAUAUCGCGGUAAGACAACCAUACUAGCCUUUUCCUAUGAUAACGCUCGCGUAACCUGCCGUUUGCAAAAAUGUGUAGCCUUUUGGGAGUCCACGGAUGAGCCUUCACUAAAAGGGUUCUUAGAAUUCCGAUUAAGAACAAACGAUUCGGAAGAUAAGGACACAGAGCACCGUAGGUAUAAAGUUGAAUUGGAAAUCAUUAAACAUCACCAUUGUGGAAAUUCUGAACUCGGGGCAAAGGUGACAAGUUGGUUAAAACAAUUUAAGGCAAGUGUACUCGUUUUAUUUGAUUGGUUCGAUAUGUACGACACCAACUACCAUGCUGGUUGCGACUGGUAUUGGGAAAGGUUGCGACUUGCUGUGAAAAGACAAAAUGCUCUAGCGGAGAUCAAUUUGUUUGACGUGAAAAGCGAUUUAAAUGAGAAGAGACAAGACGAUCUAAGGGACCAAAUCUGUAUUGAACAGGCUCAACAUGUUCUCGAUGCGACAAGAGAAACUCGGUCUCAAAGUGUCUUACUACAACAAACGAUCACCAAAAAGCGCUUGUUGGAUGAGUCUCAUGAUAGAAUUGCACCUAGAACCACACCGCAAGUUCCUCGGAAUUUAAAUUCAAAAAAGAAGGUCGCUGAAUCCUCAGAUUCAGAUUUAGAGGAUGUAGAAGAAUGCUCAGAUUCAGAUUUAGAGGAUGUAAAAGAAUCUAAU